AUUGACCUAACGACACGGUCACUUUAUUUACUUGUGUCAAUUUAUAUAACACUUUAUUACAGAUUACAAUAUCAAUAUGUUCACACUGAUUUUAUUUGGGUUAAGUUUAGUUUUAUUUUUAAUUUAUUUAAUUGGGAAAUAUAAUGAAAUUUAUUGGCGUAAACGAAAUGUUAAAUUUUAUCCGCGCAACAAAGUGACUGGUGUCUUUUGGGAUUUCUUAACAAAGGACAAAGCUGUUUUUGAGAUUUUGUGUGAAUUGUACAAGGAUUAUAGAAACGAGCCAGCUGUAGGCAUUGGAGGAAUAUUAACUCCGACAUUGUAUGUUACGGAUCCGGUUAACAUACAACAUGUUUUGGCAUCCGACUUUAAUUCCUUCAACCAUAGAGGAAUAAAUGCAAAUGAGGGAGAUCUAUUAGCUGAUAAUAUUCUAUUAAUGCAAGGUAAUCGGUGGAAGCUAAUGCGACAGAACAUGACGCCUCUAUUUACAUCGAAAAAGUUGAAAUCCAUGUACUACAUUAUUGAUAAAAGUGCAGUAGACUUUAUCACAUUAUUGAAAAAUAAUCCCGAUCUCUGGAAUGGGAAGACUUUUGAUACGCUUUCUUCAUUCUGCAGUGCUGCAGUUGGUGCUGCUGUAUUUGGAGUGAGCACAAAUUCUAUUUUUGAUUCGCCUUUCCUUCACAUGGCCCGCAAUGCUCUAGUGCCAAGUGUUGUUAACAAUAUAAAAUUUUCCGUGGCAAAUAUAAGUAGUGGCCUGUUUAGAAUGUUAAACAUCAAAAUUUUUAAAAGACACGAGAAAUUUUUCAUCGGUGCCAUAAAACAAGUGAUAAAAGAAAGAAAACAAGAUAAUGUUAAAAAACACGAUUUCCUAGAUAUAUGUGUUAUGCUACAAAACUCAGGCAAAUUAGUCGAUAAAGAGACGGGCUUCGAAAUGACCCCGACGGAUGAGCUUUUAGCGGCUCAAGCAUUCUUCUUUUUUAUUGCUGGUGUUGAACCGACAGCAACUGCAAUUUUUGCUACUUUAGUUGAAUUAGGGCGGAAUCCAGAACAUCUAGCAAGAUUACACGAAGAAAUUGAUGCAUAAUUUGCUGAACAUAAUAACGAAAUGCCGUACGAUGCUGUAGUCAACAUGACCUUCCUUGACAUGGCUUUAAACGAAGCGUUGCGAAUGCACCCACCACUUGGAUUUUUAACUAGACAGUGUGUAAUAGAUACCGUACUUCCUACGGGUAAUAUUAAAGUAGAUAAAGGCACUAGAAUUU